AUGGCUGCCUUCAACUCCAUGCCGUCGUCUAUGCCGGCCGGUGCUCUGGUAGACGCGAUGCACGGAAAUGCUCUGGGCCAUCAUCACCACCAACAGCAACAUACCCACAAUCAACCUCCUCCCGACCUGUCAUCUAUGCAGCGCUUCGAUGUCGAAAUGAACUUUGAAGAGGCCCUCCUGUACGUUACCUCUAACCGCUCCCCCAUCCUCGGUUCUGCCGCGAUGCUAGAAGAGGGAAACACUGACCAAGGCCAAUGCUUUGCUAGUGACGGAGGUGCCUUGUCACAUCUCCCAUUCAACCCCACCUAUGACUUUGACAGCCUCGCCACCUUUGAAGAUCCCUUUUCUUACUCCGUCAGGGCCUUUGAGCCGCGGCCGAACGAAGAUGCGAUACUCGACGAGUCCUCACCGCAGCAGCUAGACAACAAGCUGCUGGGCUUCUCUGGACCUGCGCUGUCUGCCACAGUUGUCGACGACAUGGGCAAGGUGUGUGACGUAGGCAUGACGGCCGAACUGUACGGCAUGUUCUUCGUCGCCGAGGAUGUAUUUGGCGCCGACAGUACCGGCCGCCCGCUCGAGCUUACGUGCUACCGCCGCAACCUCUGGCAGUGCUCGGGCCAGAUGGUCCUGCCGCGCAUAUUCUCCCACAUUGUCGAUGACCAGGGUCGCCAGGUGCCACUCAUGGACCUCUCAGCCACCAUAUCUGGCGUUGAGUCCAUCGAGGGCAAACCCACCGAGAUCAUCUCCAUCCCAUGGAAGAACUCGGCCGCCCAGGCCGCCGCCGCUGAGGAGCCCAAGACGGCCGGCCCUCCCCCGACCAUCUCCCUCGACCUAGCUGCCGGACAAGAGCUCGAUCCCACACGCGUCGUUCUGCCCUUCAUCUGGAAGCGUCUGCAGUUCAAGCACGCCACAGCCAACAACGGCAGGCGCAAGGGCCUGCAGCAGCACUACAUUGUCCACAUCAACCUCGUCGCCAACGCCAAGGCCGGUGACCCUGUCACCAUUGCAGAGGUCCACUCCGGCCCUGUCAUUGUGCGCGGCCGCAGUCCCCGCAAUUUUGACAGCAGAAAGGACGUUCCUCUCACCGGUGAAAAGAGGAUCGAGAGGAGGAAUACGACUAGCUCCAACGACAGCACCGUCAUAAAGUCCGAGAGGGAUGCACCCAUGAAUGUUCAGCAGCAGAAGCCGCAAUCCUCAAGUACCGUACCACAUGUGAAUGAGUCGGCAACACCACAGUCGUUCCCCCAGCCUAGUCAGAACCCCCACCCGUCCAAGAGAAUGGCCAUUUCCCCGACGGUCCCUAAACCCCCCGUGCCGUCAUGGUCGAGAGAGUCGCCCACCAAGCCCACCGGUUCAAAAACCUCUGGUGCUGCCAAGGGUCGUGCGACGGCCAAGAACAACAACAACAACAACAACAGCCACUCUGCCCCCAUCAACCUCUCUCUCUCCGAGGAUGAGAGGAGUCCCAACCGCUGCAGCGCCGAAGUGGUCAGCCCUCAAAAUGGAAGGGCGGGGACCACAGCUGUAGGAAGGCAGGCGGCGGCGGCGAGUAGUCCGACAGAGUCGGAGGAUCCGCUCUAUGAGUACUUUCCUCUGAGUAUCGAUGACUGGAUGCCUCCUGUCGAUGCUAUAUAUCGACCACAUGUGGUCCACCAUACGGUUAUUCCGCCCGAAAUCAAGGCGCAACAGGUGCACAGCAGGACAAAACGGUAUUUCCUUGCAGACUAG